GCAAAGAGGAAGUAUAUCAUUAUAAAAUGAUAUUAAACCCGACACUUUACCUGUUAUACGUAUGGUUGAAUAUGGACGUAUUCAGGUAGCGGCAUGUCUUACAAGGAUUAAUUUUAACAGACACUAAACUCAACAUAUUGAUUCAACCACAACGAUACAGGAAGUUGAUGACUGAAUAACCAAGAUGGCGACUGAAAUAAAAUUUGAAUUAAACAGUGAAGCGUUGUCAAUACGAAAUGUUUAUGAGAAAUUUGCCCAUCGUCUGCCUGUUAUAAUACAGGUGAAGCAGGGUCACUAUGGUGAUAUUGAUAUAGAUACAUAUUCUACUGGUCACGUAAUGAGAAUCCACUCCUAUUCUAAGCAACGUCGAGUGGUUGCUAGGGAUACACAUGGGCGCCAUCUUAGUUUCCCUGUGAACUAUCCAAUUAAAUUCCGGGUUGCUAGAACUCAAAAGAAAGCUGGCCGAGAACAGAGCCUACGUGAUAUUAUAGACCAGAACACCCUGCCUGUCAGGAUAGAGUUAUGUUUACCACCACCAGGAUAUUCGCUACAUAUUGGCGAGUCCAUAAAACAGAUAGAGACCAUUGGUACUUUACAUCUUACAAAUUUUUACGAUGAAACAUAUCUACUAGCUAAUAGUAUCAAUGAAGGUCAGUUAGAUAGAGAGAUUCUAUACGUCCCCAUCUAUCUCCAGAACCUGGUCGUGGCGGUUGUAUCAGGCAUUGAAGGCCAACCGCGGUCAGUAUUUUCCACGUUUCAACGAGAAAUGGAUGAAGCGGUGAACGAUAUUUCUUAUGAAGUAGCCGGCGGUAAUACAGAUAUUGCUGUGUAUUCACCGGACCUUUUGUCAAGAUCGACCGAAAAUGUCUAUGAUUACAUCGAACCCACCCACUUUAUCAAAUACCGCCCAACUAAUCAAAAACGGAAAUGCUCGGCUCCGAUGCCAAACGUCAAAGAUCUUCUGACCCAGCUUGAGAAGAAACAACCAACAGAUGGCGAUACGUACGAAAUGUCUGAUGGCACUGUUUAUUCUAGAGUUAUCGUUCCUGCCGUGGACGAUAUGACACCUCCUCCCAUUCCUGUCCGAAACAUCCCUUCGAUUACUGAAAAUCCGAAACCCAAAAUCUCGAGAGAUAAUAUUACGUAUGUCAACUCUAAUAAUCCACGAGCUAUGGUCAAACCGUUAGAGAAAUCACCAUCACAGUCGUCUCAGCAGGCCCCGGAAGAGACGGAAGUUCCGCAGCCACAAUCUGUGACUGAGCACGUGAAAGGUUUCACCAUCAAACAGCUAACCGAGAGUCUCGAGACACUGAAGUUAAGUAAAUAUGCUGACGCGUUUGAAGAAGCUCAGAUGAGUGGGGAUCUUCUGUUGGAUCUGUCGGAAGAGAUUCUCAAAGAUGAUUUCCAGAUGAAGGGUUAUGAAGCCAUUAAGCUUAUGAAAUAUGCCAGAACUGGAUACAAACCCCAAUAAGAUACUGUAAACUUCAUAUUAUUGACUAUUGAACAACAAUCUUACAGUAAUAUUGAUACCCUUGACAAGAGAACAAAAACUUUUAUCAAUGAUGAAAUGGUCAUUUUAUAGACACAGUUUUUAUUAGUGAGUUAAAAUUGUUAGUAAUCAGGCUGUACUCAUUAAACAUACAUACAUUAUGCAAGAGCUGAAUCUGCCUAUUGCAGGUCGUUCUUUAGGCUUGAAAUGUUAUAUAAAUUAUUAAUUAGACAUUUAUUAACAUCAGAAGACAUUAAUCAACUCUCGAUGGCAUCUUAUGUGCCGGAUUUUCACUGGUUUCGAUCUGCUGCUCACGGUCAUUGAUGAUUAAAUCCAAAAAUGGAUAAUUGAGACUAUGUUUUGUCGUACCGACUUUAGAAAUGACGUGGUUUAACGUCCAUUCGACACAAACUAGGUCAUUUCGGGACCAACAUAUGGUACAAUUUUAUUUCAAUAAUUCGCUUACGCGUAGGGGUCUUUAACAGUGGGAGGAAACCGGAGGACCCGGAGAAAACCCACGAGGUUGGACAGGCCACCCUACUCCUUGUCACGUAAAACCACGCCAUUUGACAGACUUUAUGAUACAGCGUGCACGUGCUAACCAUUCGGCCAUCCACCCCCCCCCCCCCCGUUGGGUUUGUGUAUUCAAUAGUAAUGGGUACUAUAAUUAGCCACAGGUCGUUUGUUUAUGUUUAAAUAUUUAAACCCUGUAACAUACUGAGUUUAUGUACCACUCGCGUUCGCUUCUUCUCUUCUGGUCACCAUAAUUAAACGUUCAUGACCGGAUUCUGUCUUUCAUGACUGGAUUCAGUACCUUGACGGAGCUCAAACUAAUUUAAAGAUAUAUGUGACGCAAGUGUAGAGAAAAUUUAACAAAUGGAAAUAAUAAAUGAUCAUUCGUCUCAAUAAAUUGUCUGCUUCGGAUGUAAUUUAUACGAUGCAUGUCCUAAUGAAAAGUAGUUAUUUUCCCAAUUUACAACACCACCCUCGUGGUUUUCUUCGGGCCCUCCGGUUUCCUCCCACUACUAAAGACCCCUACUCGCAAGCGAAUCAUUGAAAUAAAACUGAACCAUUUACAACCGGCUUCAGCCGAUGCAAAAAAAAGUGGGACUCUAAACACCAAUUCAUUUCAUUUAUUCGUGUUAAAACUAAGUACUAUAUCGCCUUUAUAAACGGGGUUUGGCAGGAUAACUUAUCUUUCGUAUGUUUAUGUUUUCCUUAGGCAUGUCGUCAUGUUUUUAUGUGGAGGUCAAAAGCGUCAGAGUGAUGACAUCAUGUUUUUUAUGCGCAGUUCUCGGAUGAAGGCAGUGCAAUGUGUUCAGAACGAAGCGAACAAUGAAUUGCUAGAUUUUUGUAAAUUAUAUUUGCACAUUUUAUUUCAAAAUAUAGAUUGAUAUUUCAUUUUUAUUUUCAUAUUUAUUCAAAUAUAAAUAAACAUUAAACUUAA